AGUUUAGCCUCCACCCACACGAGGCGCUACUAAAGAGCGUUGCAGGGUGGCACGCGACGAAGGAAAUUAUCCUCAUGCUGACUUUGGUUGUGUUGAAUUUUGUGCAACUGACGUGAAUUUCUCCGGAAUAAAUGUCUUCUCCCGUUCAAACAGACGAAGAUGAGGCGGAGGAGGUGGAGGAGGUGGAGUUUGUAUCUGAGGACCAGCAAAAACCUGUGCUGGAAUGUAUUGAUCUGCUGAGUGAUGAUAGCGACGAUGAGGGAUGUUCAUCAUUCACAGGAGCGCUUGAAGAUGAGAUCACCCGUCACAAAGCACGUGUUUCGUCUACACUGGACAAACUAGCACAGCAGGUGGCACUGGAGAAAAAGGAACGGGCAGAUAAAUGCAGAGCAUUCAAGGAGAAGCAGAUCUUACAAAAAGUUCAUGGACAGCAGGAGUUGGCUUUCAGUGCUGCUAAUGGAGAAGCAAAGCACUGUGUAGACAUGUGGCUAAAGAUGCCAGGUCUCGCUCCUGGAUCGAUCAGUUCUGGUUUUGGAAGAAGGCGCAGACCUGCUUCUUUCCCCAUAAAUAGUUCAACUAGACACACUUGUCCAGUGAUUAACUGUGGUCGUGUUUAUGAAAACGCCUUACUGCUUAAUGGGCACUUGAAAAGGUUUGAUCAUUCCCCUUGUGAUCCAGCUAUCAAUCUGAAGGGAUGUCCUUCUGAACUCUUUGCCUGUGUUGCCUGUGGUCAACACUUUCAGACCAAAGAAGCAUGGAGAACACAUCUAGAGACUAAGGUAAAUUCAUCUGCUGAUAAUGCUCACAGCAUAAUUCAGGCCUAUCAGCGGAUUGUGUGUUUCGCCUGCCCUGCCUGCUACCUCCUCUUCAACCUCAGAGACGAGUGCCUUCAGCACAUGUCGACCAAAAACCACUUCACAGAGACUCUUUCCAUGAAUGAACCCAGAGGAAAACCGAUGCCGGUUCCAGUCCCACAGUAUGUUAAGAACCGUCUCACUGCUUUGUGCAAGGAUGUACGGUUCAAUGUCCGCUGCUCUUUAUGUCACAAAGUACUGAUCUCGCAUCAGGCAGCUCAAGCUCACUUUAACGUGUUCUGCAGACAGGGCUGUGCAGUGGCCAAAGCUGAUAUAACAAUAGGUCAGGUGAUGAAACAGCUGCAGGUGCGAGGGCAGUGCUCCCUCUGCUGUCAGAUCUUCCUCAGCCAAGAUGAAAUCGAGCGCCACAAAGAAUCGACCCAGCACGAUGUCGAGAUCAACCAGACGAUGGGCAAUGCACUUCUGCAGCACGCCAGGAUGGCUAAAGGGGCACGGGGGGCAAUACAGUCCACUGGCCUUGAAACACCAAAAAGAACACGCAAGAAGAACGAUGACGAAGGUUUUCCAGCCAAACGCAAGCGACUUAGCCCAAGUGUGAAUGGCCGCAUGAGCAGGAACCCAACAACAGCGUGGUUCUGCGAGUGUGGUCUGCAGUUCUUGGAGGAGGAUGCAGCCAGUAGGCAUCUCAUGGCUAUAAACCAGAUUUUCCAUCAGUGCGGCGUCUGUGGCAAACACAUGGGAGAGUCUUCAAUUACCCGUUUGCAUAUGAGCCGGUUUCACGGGGGAGCUCAUCUCUCCAACUUUCUCUUCUACUGCCGCAAGUGCAAGGUGGAAAUGCCUCGGCACGAAGACAUCCUGUCGCACGUGACAGAAGCUCACAGUGGACACACCUACUUUGCCGAACAAGAAGUGUCUGAGGACGCCGCCACAGUCAUCGAUGCCGAGCCGUCCACCAGCCACGAUGUCUCCAUUCAUUCAUCCUCCAAGUCUUUCACAGUCCAGCAGAACACAGCGGAGACAUCUUCUUCGAAAGCAGAGCAGACUUGGAUGUGCAGGAUGUGCGAGGACAUCUUUGACUCGGAGGCGGCCGCGUACAAACACUGCAGCGACGCCAGCAGUCACAACUUUCAGAGGUUCAUCUGUGGACACUGUCCUCAGAAGUUCUUCAAGGAGUCCACCGUACGGAGACACUGUGUGAACGAGCACGACGGCCAGAUUAAGAGCUCCCACUUCUGCGGCCUCUGCGACAGCAUGCAGUUCGAAGUUGAGGGCGAGUUCUUGGAGCACUACAAGAGUCUCCACAGUAAGGACUACUUCCGAAUGGAUGAUGGAGACGUCGUUCAGCCUGCUGUUGCCAAGAGCGCCAGUCGGCUUACGUGUCCGUGCAUGAGUUCCGAAAAGAGCAAGGAGGAAAUGAAGGCUACAUAUACACAGUGCAUGAGGAAUCUGGCCGCCGAGGGUAGAUGUCAGUAUGUCUGUGCUCCGUGUGAUGUAACCGUGCCUUCCUAUGCACGGAUGAAAACUCACGUCCACAUGAAACACACCGCCUUGCACCUGGACAAGACCUUUGAUGUAGAAUGCAAAGAGUGCCCGGAGAGUUUUGAGAGUGUGCAGAGUUUCCACAAUCACUACCACUCCCGACACUGUGCACUGGAACCCUGCAGGAGCUCCAGGACCUGCGAGAAAAACAUCAAAGAAGAAGCUGCCACUGCAAAUAUUUUCAGUGCUGUGGAGAUCGAAGCAGACAACAACGAGAGUGAAGACGAGACAAGGGAGACGUUUUUGAACAUCUCUCAAGACAACAAAGAGAGUGAAGCAAAUGAAAAUGAGUCGGAUGAGGAAAUGAAGAAUGCGAUGUCUAUGAUUGAAGAAGAAGCAAGAGAGUCCACAGAGAUAGAAGAAGCUCUUCAAAGAAGUCUUCUGGAAUUCUAAUGAUGGGAAAGCUUUCUGUGACACAUUUCAUCAGUUAUUGCAUUGAAAUGUUCUGUACAAUGUCAUUGUAUUCAAAGUAUAUUAAAUAAGCAUUAGUUGUUA